CCCAGGAUUCCUCAGCGGGUAAUGGCGGCCGCUGCCGAGAUCCAGUUCGCCCAGCGUUUGGCCUCCAACGAAAAGCGCUUUCGGGAUCGAGCCGUCCGCAAACUCCGCCGCUAUCUCAGCGCCCGCUCGCAGCGGCUCUCAGGUGGUUUCAGCCAGGAUGAGUUACUGAAGAUAUGGAAGGGUAUCUUCUACUGCAUGUGGAUGCAAGACAAACCUCUGUUACAGGAAGAACUGGCCAACUCCAUUUCCCAACUCAUACACACGUUCAAGAAUCUGGAUGCUAAGUUCCUGUUUAUGGAGACAUUCUUUCAGACAAUGAAUCGUGAGUGGAAUGGAAUCGAUCGUCUUCGGCUGGAUAAAUUCUACAUGCUUAUCCGCUUGGUGCUGAGGCAGUUUCUGGAGGAAUUGAAGAGCAUGAGUUGGGAUGACAGUGUUGUCAGCCGUUUUCUAAGCUGUGUGAUGAACGAGGUGCUGAAUCCUAUCAGUAACACAGCAGCCAGUGGAAUACGCUUUCAUUUCAUUGAUAUCUACCUUCAAGAACUGGCGAAAGUCGGUGCGCAGCAGCUGUCUGCAGAUCAGAAUCUGAAGUUUAUUGAUCCUUUCUGUCGAAUUGCUGCCAAAACCAAAGAUCGAAUUUUGUUUCAUGUCGUCUCGCAGGGAAUUUUCGAAAUGAUUGUAGACCAGGCACCUUUUGCUAUUAUGGAUUUAAUAAAUGAGCUUCAGUGCGAUGAGCAGGAGAGCAGUACGUGUGAGGAUCUGAAUUCAAACAGCGAGAAGGAAGAUCCAUCUGCAAUGAAAUCAUCACCAAAGAUGAAUGGUUCCACAUCUGAGAAAGGUGACGAGUUGCUGAAGCUGCAUAGAGAGGGAGAGAACUCGAAUCAGUCUGGAUAUGAUGAUGACAUCGGACCUGUCCUCCAGUUCGACUAUGCAGCUCUUGCUGAUCGAUUGUUCCAGCUCUCCAGCAGGGGAAGCACUCCAGCCCAGAACAGGAAGCGUCUCUAUAAGUUAGUGAAAAAGUUCCGGGAUUUAGCUGAAGGAAUCUUUCCACAAGAUGAUUUCCCUGAAGAGCUGUCUACAGAUGAGGAGGAUGAGGAUUUUUGCAGGAGAAAGAGAAAGAAGAAACAAAGACUGGAAAAUGUUUUGGAGGAGAAACAGGAAGGAGUAGAUAAAAAGAAAGCAGGAAAAGGACAAAAGAGAAAGAAAAAAUGUUCCGUGCAGAAGCUCCUGCCAGUCAGCAACAGGAUUGAAGAGCCAGUGCUGGAGAAUGGGAAGGAAGAGUCUAAUCCCACAGAGUUGUUGCCUGCGAGGAUAAAGAAGAAGAAAUGGAAAACAGCUCAAAUGCUGCUGUUGAGUGAUCCAGUCGGUGGUGAUACAUCAGAGAUUAAAAUUCAGACACAGGAAAGCCCUGUCUGUAGGAACCAACUGAGUACACCUGUGCUGGAUGCCCAGCCUCUGUCAUCUGACAUAGACUCUGUAACCCUGACACCCAAGCCAAAGCAGGGGAGAAAGGCACAGACUCAACAUUCCAAUGGGAGUCGUUUGCCUGAAGAGUCAACAUCCACAGAACCUGUCGUCAGUAAAAAAGCGAAAAAAAUGCUAAUGAAGCUUAGAAAGCUACAAGCCAAGAAACAGGCAGGUGGUGACCAACAUUCUCCAAACCAGGCACCAGGCAGGAGAAAGAGGAAGGAGAGGGGGCUGCCUGUGGAGCCCAGCUCUAGCAAAAAGCUAAAAAUCAAAAGCAGUGGUGAUGCUGAGCCUUGUGUUGCAAUCAAGACUUCAAAUACAUCCAGUGAAUUUUUGAAGUUCGAGAGUACUCCAAUACCAAAACCCAUCUUCUUCAAGAAAGCCAGAAGUGCUGAGCCUGCUCCCAAACGGUGUAAAAUGGUUAAAAUCCUGUCAACCUCCAGUGCAAAGAAAGUACGGUUUGGGCUGAAAAAGAACAUGACAACGGAAUUUAAAAGGACAGACAGAAGUAUUUUGGUGAGCCCAGCAGGAGCUUCUCGGAUUGCAUUCGACCCUCAGCAGAAGCCACAUCACAGCGUGUUAAAGUCCAACUUAACACCCGCCGGCUCCCCCAGUGUCAGGGCAAAGCGUGCUUCACUGUCAACAAGAGGAAGGCCCCCAGUCAUGGACUGCCUCUGAGUGUCUCACAGCCGCCUUCUGAUAAAUAACAUUUAUAUUUUCAGUAAAAUUUAUCUGAUGAA